CGGAAAGGAUACCGGAAGGUUGAGGACUUCUUUGCGUUCGCCCGCGAAAGAGGCCAUGUAUGCGCCUGGGUGGAUACCUGCUGUGAUGGUAAGAAGAGUAGUGUCGAGCUCAGUGAAGCUAUUAACCGCAUGUACACAUGGUAUGAAGGGGCUGGAUUAUGCUUCGUCUACCUGCACCACAUCACUCUUCGAGCGGAUCCGGAGCGUAGCUCAUGGGUUUCACGCGGCUGGACACUGCAACAGCUUCUAGCACCCGCAAACCUGCUUUUCCUCAACCAGGCGUUGAAGCCUUUCUUCUUAAGGAAGCAAAGUGCCCGAAAUCUCGUGAAAGCUACCGGGAUUUCCAGAUAG